GUUCGAUAUCGUCAUUGAAGGAGAUUUGCAAGCGGAGCAAAAUGGCUUCUUCGGAUUCUUAAUACGAGUAGAAACGAUUUAGUUAUUGCGGAUUUUGUCGAGUGGUAGGUGGAAGGGUAUGCUGGUGGGGCAUGUGUUUUGAUGUGCAAUAACUUCUGCAGCGACAGACGAAAUUUAACGUUCAAUACUGUGAAUAAAAUAUAAUUGCCAGGGGAACAAAAUGGCUUCUUCGGAUUUUUGAUACGCGUCAAAAUCAAUAAGUUAUUUCGGAUCUUGUCAUGUGAACAGUGGCAUGGGGGGUGGUGGAGCAUAUGUUUUCAAGGUUAACAACUUCUGCACGGCUGCGUAGAAUUUAUCGUUCGACAUCGUCAAUAAAAGAGAGUUACGAGGGGAACAACAUGGCGUCCUCCGAUUUUUGAUACGAAUUAAAGCGGUGAAGAUAUUCCGGAUAUGGUCAGGCGGAAGGGAGGAGGAGGGUAUAUCACUCAUCAAGAACUUACUACUCCGUAGUUAAUUAGUUGGUACAUCCUCGGCGCCACCAUCUAGACACCAAGGUACGGUAGACGGGAUACUAAUCUUAGGCUCAACUAGCUCAUGUAAAGCAUAUCGCAACAAGUUACAUACGUAGACGACGGGGAGAAAGGGGGGCGGCAUGUGCGAUCGUGGUGCGUUGGCCAAACUCCGAAGGGCGCUCGGAGCAGGUAGCGGCGGAAGGGGUGCAAGCGAGCUCGGACCGCCUAUGACGCGGUGUGGCGGCGCGUGGGCUGGGGGGGCAUGCGGUGUGGUUGUGUGUGGUAUGGGUGGGGCGGCCAGGAAGUUUCGGGUGGGAUGGGAGAUGGGAUGGGAGAUGGGAUGGGAGAUGGGAUGGGUGAUGGGGGAUAUGGCGGUGGUGGGAAGUGCCGGUGUUAGUGGUGGUGGAGGGGAGGAAGAAGGGAGACGGUGGAGAUGGAGGUGGAGGUGGAUGGCUGGGCCCUCCCGUCUUGAUGAAUAAUCCGUUCCCACUCCCUCCUAGUUGGUACUUUUUUACAAAAGUAUUACUCUCCUGACCCUACUGGCCUCUCAGGCUUGGCGUGGCGGAGCGGGAUUGGCGCGGAUUUAACUGUGCAGCUGUGCAGCGAGUGCUGCUGCAGCUGUGCGUGUUUGCGGUGGUUCUAGUGGCGAUCUAGUAGUAUUGCUAGGUACGGACUAGGCUAAAUGAGGCGAAAGAGCGGAAUUGGGCGACGGAGGGGUGGAGGAGUUGAUGUCAGAGGAGGCAAUGUAUGAGGGUUAAGUCAUGAGGG